AAGUAGAAUUCGGUUUAAAAAUAAUUUGAAACAAAGUAAGAUAGGAAAAAACAAAAAAGCGAAGGAUUGUGGCAGAACCGCACAGUCAUAGUAUAGCCGCCGUGGGCGGUUGCCACUCUGCAAAUCGAUUCGAAAGUUGCCUUUACUUCCAUUGAAGCAGCCCAAAGGAUCUUCUAUCUUCACAUAGCCUUUCUGGUGCCCCAACUUAUGUUUUGUGAUUGGUUAGUGUAAUCAUUUCUUAAUCCAUGGACAUUGAAGCAGCUCCUAAUUUGCCCUUGCCCGAUGCAUUUAUCCAUUUCCUCAAUGAGAAUGGACUGGAUCCCUCAAUCUAUACAACGAGUGAUCUGACCCCGCGUUAUGUAAGGUUAAAACCUGGUUGUGAAGCUUAUCUUGAAGAGAUUGAAGCUGAGAUCGAAUGUAAGCUUGGGAAAGUAGCUUGGUUGCCCAAUUUCUAUUCUCUUCCACCUCAUAUUCAAAUUGCUAACUCAAAAGCAUAUCAAGAAGGAAAGAUUUAUGGAAUUGAUGCGGCAUCUGGAGCUGCUGUUUUAGCUUUGAAUAUAUCUUUGGGAGAUCACGUCCUUGAUCUCUGCGCUGCUCCUGGUGCUAAACUUUGUAUGAUAUUGGACCUUCUUGGCAGUUCGGGUUCUGUCACUGGUGUUGAUGUUGCAAGACACCGCUUAGCGGCUUGUAGAACUAUGUUGCAGAAAUACAGUCUUGGGGAUCAUUGUCGUCUCUUUGUUGCUGAUGGAACAACAUUCUCCCUGUUUCCCAUCAGGGUCCAUUCAGAUUCUAAAUCAUGUGAGUGUGGUUUGGAAGGAAAGUUGGAUGUAUACAAGGAGUGGACAUCUAGGAGACCGUGGAAAGAAAGGAAAAGGGAAGCUAAAGCAAGAGCAAGUGUUGCUUCACAAUUAGCCUCACGGAUUCAUGAUCCAGAGCUUAUAUUUUAUGGACGGAAUUCUGGAGUGGUUGGGCUCAGUAAAAGUGAAUUAUAUCAAACUUUGCAUUGUAGUGAGGUUUUGCACUGUGGAUAUGACAAGGUCCUCGUGGAUGCAGAGUGCACACAUGAUGGGUCAAUUAAACACAUCCAGAAAUUUGAACAAUGGGGCUGGAAAACUCUCCAACAUCGUGUGUUGAAUGCUGAGAGAACUGAUGACUUGACUGUCCUUCAGCUACAGCUUCUUACCAAUGGUUUUAGAUUGCUCAAAGUUGGGGGAUCCCUUGUCUACAGCACUUGCAGUUUAACAGUUGCUCAGAAUGAAGAUGUGGUAGAACAGUUUCUUUCAAAAAAUGCUUCUGCUGAGUUACUAGAGAUAGAUGCUGCCAAAAUUUGGCCUUGCAAAAGCGGACGGGUGCCAAAUACCUUGCGCUUUGAUCCCAUGACAUCCCAAACUAGUGGGCUUUUUAUUGCCAAGUUCACAAAACUGGCAAUUUAAUCUAAGGUGAUAUUGGACUGUGUACGAAGGAUACCCCAGGCAACAGCAAUGCUUGCAGAGGCGGAGGCGGAGGCGGAGGUGAGAGACUUGUGGUGGAGGUCGAUUUGUGCGACUAGAGCUACCCCGAUCUAAUCAGAUCUGGACUCCUUGUUCCAACAGCGGUAGAUAUUCUAUAUUUAUAUAUAUACUGAUUAUUUGUGUUUAGUUCAGCCAUCUUUGCUUAUAGUUCAUUUGUACAGAUAAAAGAAUAUUUUGACAGUCCAUUUAGUACAGAGAAAUGUGUUUUGAAAUGAGUUGAGAAAGGAUUGUAAGAUAUAUAGAUAUAUACCUUCUGCCAUAGAAGAAGAUGAACAGGAUUCCUUUGAGUUUGUUGAAGAGGUUGUUGACUCCGAGAAAAAAAGGCUAAUUUUGUGCUUCUUAGAACACAUUUAAAGACAAUAACAGUGUGAUUUGGGGUCGAUGGUGAUGGUGGUGAUGCUCUUGUUAUGGUGGGAGGGGAUGAGUUUGAGAUACUUUACCAAGAGCCUCCUGAUAGCUACUUUGGUCAAUCACCACUAAAUGAAGAGAUUCUUCUUAAUUCCUUCAAAGCCUGGAUAGCAACAGCAGCUUGUUUUCUUUGUUGUUGUUGUUAACAGAUAAUUUUGUUUCUUGUUUUUUGUUGAAUAACAUAUGUUUAUAGAUA